AAAUAUUACAAAAAGGCGAAGUAAAAACCUGCUACUCCUCUCUUGUAAAAACACAGUGGUAUGGUUCGAGAGUGAAGUUACCCGCGCGAUGAGCUUCACCAAGAUUUUCGCAUUCUCCUCCCUCUCGAUGUUGCAACUCUGAGCUUCUCCGUCGAAUUCGUCUACAAAUUUUACUCAUUUUCGGAGAAAUUCUAUAUCUGUUACUCAUUGAGCGAGAAUUUAGGGCUUUUUUUUCGUCAGUGGAGAAGAUGACAGCAACGGCUUCUGUUUCUUCUCCCUGGAUUCCCGAAGAUGACCUGCUACUUAAGAAUUCAAUCGAGGGUGGUGCUUCACUAGAAGCACUUGCUAAAGGAGCAGUAAAAUUUUCACGCAGAUUUACCUUUCGUGAAAUUCGAGAUCGAUGGUAUUCUCUUCUCUAUGAUCCCGAUGUUUCAGCUCAAGCUUCUGCUCGCAUGGCUGAACUUGAACUCUCUGGUUCUAAUCCAAAUCCAUCAUCAAAAUUCAAACUAGACAAUUUAAAAGGAACUGAAAAAGUCCUUGAAAAGAGAAAAACCGGAAGCAUCCGGAAACAAUAUCAUUCAUGGCGAAAAAGAAUAAAAAACGAAUUUUUUAGCUCCCAAAAUCUUGGGUUUUAUGAAGAACGCAGCCUUCAUAACUACAACCAUCAAGAACAUAAAUUUCAAGAUCAUGUGACAACCAAUCACGUGGCUCCAGGUGGCGAUGCCAUGUUGGAUGAUUGCCUCGCGAAUAAUCUAGGGUUUGAGGAAAAGGAUUUUGAGAUAUUACGCCAGGCUUUUCCAGAAUCAAUAGGAAGCAUUGCUACUACUACUACAACUGCUGUUAUUGAUAAUCAUAACCAUAAUCCUAAUGCUUUUCAUAUGGAAAGAUGCCAUAAGUCUGUUGAAAAUGAUUUUAUUAAUGGGAGGGAAGAAGAAGGCGACUUGUUUAAAUUUCCAGAAGAUAUUUCCCCUUCAAGAAACGAAUUAAUCGGUUCUUUUGAUCCAAUAAAAAACGCCAGCUGUGUGUCUGAUACUCCUCCCAAUCUCAAAACUGAUAAACCAGAGUCUGGAUUUGGAGGGAAACACCAUUUUAGCUCCCCUGUUUCAGAUGGAAGUGCUUCAUUUCCUUUAUCAUUUUCAUCUCCAUCAACUAGACUACCUUUUAUGGAAGACGUUAGAAGACGUUUCUGCCCCUGA